AUGUCUUCGAAUGGGUUAUUAGCAGGAGAAAGCCCUUUCAAUUACGUAAUCCCUCUCUUCAUCAUCCAACUCACCAUCAUCGUCAUAACCACUCGAACCUUGGGCUUCCUUUUAAAGCCCCUCCGCCAGCCCCCGGUUAUCUAUGACAUCUUGGGUGGUGUGCUUUUGGGUCCAUCAGUAAUGGGCCAGAGUCAAGCGUAUGCAUCAUUGUUCUUCCCCCUAUGGAGCGUGUCGGUGCUGGAGACGGUGGCGAAUUUGGGGUUAGUGUUAUUCCUCUUUAUUGUUGGAGUCGAGAUGGACCUAAGCAUGCUAUGGGGGAUCGGACGGAAGUCGAUGGCAGUUGCCUUUUCGGGCAUGAUCCUCCCUUUCCUCAUUAGUACAGUCAUAUCCUUCUUCAUCAACUACACUGAUAUCCACCAGGGAUCCUUCCUACUCUUCCUCGGCAUUGCUCUCUCUGUCACUGCCUUCCCCGUUCUCGCCCGCCUCCUCACAGAGCUCAAGCUCCUUAACACCGACCUCGGGAGGAUUGCCAUGUCAUCGGCUGUCAUCAAUGACCUCAUGGCAUGGGUUUUACUUGCUCUAGCCAUUGCCUUAACUAAUAGCAAGAGCCAAAUAUUCGCAUCCUUGUGGGUUAUACUCUCUGGGGUCUUUUACGUCUUCUUCUGCAUUUUUGUUGUUCGGCCCAUCAUCAUGUGGAUCAUAAGGCAGACCCUAGAAGGAGAGACCAUCGACGAAAUCUAUUUGUCCUUCAUCAUAGCAAGCAUAUUUAUAAGUAGCAUCAUAACGGAUUCUGUUGGAAUCAAUGCAUUUUUCGGGCCCUUUGUGUUUGGCCUAGUGAUACCAAAUGGCUCUCUGGGGGCCUUGCUGAUUGAGAGGCUAGAGGACAUCGUGCAUGGGAUGUUGUUGCCGAUCUUCUUCGUCAUCAGUGGCCUUAGGACCAAUGUGUUGUUGAUCACCAAUUUCUGGAUGGCUGGCGUCUUAAUCUUGGUCAUUUCCGCGGCGUGUGCUGGAAAGGUGUUAGGUACACUGCUGAUAGCCCGUUUCUAUGGAAUGCCUGUCCGCGAAGGGUUAUCUCUUGGUGUGCUCAUGAACGCCAAAGGCCUCGUUGAAAUGAUUAUCCUCAAUGUCGGCCGGAAUCAGAAGGUGAUCGAUGAUCAGUCAUUUGCAAUCAUAGUGUUAAUGGCAGUGAUAGUGACGUCGUCGAUCACGCCAUUAGUGACUAUCAUAUACCGGCCAGCGAGACUGUCUUUACCAUACAAGCGACGGACCAUCCAACAUACGAAAUCAGACAAAGAGCUCCGAAUGCUGGUGUGCAUGCACAACGAAGAUAGCGUGCCGACCAUCCUCCGCCUCCUUGAAUCAUCCCAUCCGACGAGGCGGUCUCCGAUGUCGGUCUAUGCACUUCACUUAGUAGAACUGACGGGUCGUGCCUCGACAAUGCUGAUAACCCACAAUAUAAGAACGAACAGAUCAACGAAAUCAAAGACAGAUCAAAUCAUCAACGCCUUCGAGAAUUACAGACAGAAGUUGGUAGGAGUUUCAGUACAAGUUCUCACCGUUGCAUCACCUUACCCGACGAUGCAUGAAGAUAUAUGUGGAUUGGCGGAGGAGAAACGUGCGGCUCUGAUUGUUCUCCCUUUCCACAAGCAGAAGACAGUGGAUGGUAGGAUGGAGGCGAGAAACCCAGCUUUCCAGACCAUCAAUACGAAUGUGUUGAUGAACUCGCCGUGCUCGGUGGGAAUACUCGUUGAUGGAGGACAGAGCGGGGAUAACCGACAUUCAGAGAGUCGGGUAUUUCAGAACGUGGGAGUUCUUUUCUUCGGUGGGGCUGAUGAUCGGGAAGGGCUAGCUUACGCGAGCCGGAUGUCGCAGCAUCCAGGGAUUAGUUUGACGGUGGUGAGGUUCGUGGAGGGAGAGCAUGUGUUGGAGAAUGUGGUGGAUCCGGAGAAGGAAGAGAUGGAUAUGCUGUCUGUUUUUACUGAGAGAGAUAAAGAGAAGCAGCUUGAUAAUGAAUGUAUUAACGUAUUCAGGCAUAGGCAUUUGAGUGAUGAGUCGGUGUUGUAUAUUGAAAAGGUGGUGAAUAAUGCGGAGGAGACUGUGGAAGUGGUGAGAGGGAUGGAUUCGAAUCAUGAUCUUUUUAUAGUGGGACGUGGGCAAGGGAUGUUGUCGCCGUUGACGGUUGGGCUGACGGAUUGGAGUGAUUGUCCUGAACUUGGAGCGAUGGGGGAUUUGCUUGCGUCGAUUGAUUUUGCGGCAAUGGCGUCUGUGCUUGUGGUGCAGCAGUAUUUGGGAGUCAUGUCGAUGGAAGGAACGGCAAUGACGCCUGAUAGCUUGGGCGACGGGUCGGAGCAGUUGAUGCUGAACGAUGCCAGGCGAGGUCUGGUCUCCCAGACCUUGCACCAGAACCGUUCCCCCGCCAGCAUAGCUGUGCGUUCUGGCAUGAUUGUAUAA